CCCGCUUCGCCUCUGUGCCCGACUCCAUCGCCAUGAUCCGCCCUCCGGAAAUCGGCGUCCAAGCCUCGGACCUCUACGCCAUGGCCCUCUCCUCGGUUCUCUGGGGCGUGGGCUGUCGCUUCGGCCAGGCCUACGUUCUCCGUCCGCUUGCUCGCUACCUUCUGCCGGCAACCGCUGAUUCCAAGCCCGAGGCCUCCCUGCAGCCCAACGACAGCGGCACCGAUCUCACCCGUGCCUCGGAGGCUUCGACCCUCCGCCAGCGCAAGAAGACCGAGGCGCAAGAUGCGGUGGCCGAUGCUCCGACCGAUGCUCCGGCCGAUACUCCAUCCAAGGGCAAGGCAAAGCAUGCUGGCAUUUCCAAGCAGGAGCGCUUCGUUGCAUCUGCCUGGACCUGCUUCAUGUACAUCCUGUGCUCGGUCGUCGGCCUCUUCAUCAUGUACCAGGAGCGCGAGUGGUUCCUGGAUCCCACCAAGUACUUUGAGCUGCAUAUUCCCCCGAGCAACUAUGUCCGGUUCUACUAUGCCUUCUCCUCGGGAUACUACAUCUUUGCCAUGUUCAGCGAGCUGUACUUCGAGCCCUGGCGAUCGGACACCCCCGUCUUGAUUAUCCACCACGUCGUCACACUUCUCCUGCUGCUGGGCUCGGCCUGGUUCGAUUUCUGGCGGAUCGGCUGCCCGAUUAUCCUGAUCCACGACAUUUCGGAUCCGCUGCUGCAUGUUGCCAAGCUUUUCUUGUACUGUGGGCACCAGCUGAUUGCCGACAUUGUGUUCCCCAUGUUUGCGGUUGUGUUCAUCGUCUCGAGAGUCAUUAUCUUCCCUCGCUUCAUCAUCUGGCCCAUCCCGUACAAUGCCUAUCACCCUGAUGGCCAACGCACUCCUUGGGGCCGCGAGGAUAUCCUGUUUGGUUUCAUCGGCUUGCUCUGGUCGCUCGAGUGUCUCCAUGUGUACUGGACGUAUCUGAUCCUCAAGGUGGCUGUCCAGCAGAUCCUCCUCGGCAAAAUCGAGAAGGACAUUCGCGAGGAGAGUGAUGAUGACAUCUGAACAGACCCAGCACUCCGCCUGCUGCCCAAUUUUCCCAGGACUCGAACAAAGCAUCCUGCACUGCUGCUCUGCCCUGCCCAUUCACAAGCGGAUCUGACUGCCACGAUCUUUUUUGAUUACGGGAUUUCUUUCCGCAACUUUACACGCGGAGCCCCGGCAAGGAUAAGUUCAGACCACAAAAUCAAUACAACAAUGCAAAGGAGGAAACAAAGGAGGUACUAAUUACAAACUGAUAUCAUUUUU